GUCGGGUAUUCAGUGUGAACCUUGGACCGGUAAACUAAGCCCACGUAAGUGCAGAUCCAGCACAGCACCAAGAGAAACCAUGGGACAGAAGAAAACCACUCAGAUUUAUCAGAUUGUUUUCAACCGGACUUCUAAAUGAAAGAAAAUUGCCAUUGAUCGUUUCAAGAUUUGAAAGGAAAAGUGAAGAUUUUUAUUAUGAAAACAAUCUAUAAUUUAAAAAACCGGUCCUUGGACGGACGUUUCACUUUCCUUGGUGAGUGAAGACAGCAGCCUGCAGUCUUCGGUGGUAUCAGCCGGGAGAGAGAUGCACGCGAUAAAACGUGGCUUGCUCUGGCAGCAGAGAGACAGGAUAUUUUCGAGGUGGAAGGAAAGGUAUUUCAUCCUUACCAAGGACUACCUGCACUGUUUCAAAAGAUCGUCGGGGCUCCAUAACAUCUCGCCGAUGGGCCAAUUUAUAUUUAAAGUGAAACUUGUUGAAUUGGAAAAAGUUGAAUGGCUCAAUAAAAAAAGCUACAGCGCAAUCGGGCUCGCUCUUCAGGGGAGGGAGAGCAAAAUAUUACUCAGGGCUCCCUCAGGGCUCGAAGAUUGGUUCGAACUCCUUGAAGAGUGCACUAUUGCAAGCAAAGAACGAAGGAUAGCUUUGAGGAAGCUUCAUGACCCCAAUUGGGGUAGCAAUGAUGGCCCUUAUAGCCGGACAGACUGGAUUUCCAAUUCAGACUCUCACAGAACUGAUAGUGCGAGUUUGAUGGAGUCUGUAUUAAAGAGAAGAUCAAGGUGUGGACCUGAAAUUGAUCUCUGGCCAAGGACAAAUCACGAAAAUAGAUUAUCACUUUUGACAGAUAUUGACAUAAACAGUUGGGGCUCGACUCCACCUCCUUCAGCUCCUUCUACGUUCAGAGGGAGGCCUUAUAGGUUUAAUACUGAUGUUUUCUUUUUACCACAAGGAGGUAACAACACGGCAACGAUGAGCAGCGGGAGGUCGCUUCUUACUCCCGUGGCUUCUUUCCGAAAUGGCCAGUUCCCCCCGCACAACCACCACAACCUCAACACAACGUCUAUCAACAACAAUGGCCAUCCUGUCAGAUACAGAGAAAGGUCACAAAGUGAUGCUCUCAACAAGAUCAGGGCACCAGACAUCGAAAAUAAGAGGGCCAGCUAUGUGUCAACAGUGAUUUCUCAGAUUUAAUGCGAACAAUUUGUCAUUCAAUACCAAUAUAAAAAAAAGUAAAUUUAAUAGCCUCUUUUUAAAUACGAAUAAGUUUGAACGAGUUGGUUUUGAACAAUAGUCAAUAAGCUAAUCAGUUGAUAUGUAUUUUUAUAAUUUUGUUCUUUGUGUAUAAUUUUAUGUAUUUGAAUUUUGUUCACAUUUAUUAGACAUAUUUUUUUCCAUAAUUACCAAUAUGUUUUCAAGAUGACUUGUAAUUACCAAAAACAAAUUUUUAAUUUAGUUGAUAAAUUUUGGACACGAGGACAAAAUGUAAUAGAUCAUAAGAAAAUGUUAUCUUUAGAAUGCUGCACAAGUUAUAUGUCUUUAUUACCAGAACACGUUAUAAUAAAAAUAAUUAGUCAUAAAAAAUCCAUGAAGUCUAAAACCGAGUAGUAUUAAGAACUUGAGACUUAGUACAAGUUAUUAUUUCAGCUUUCGACUAGUCUGAAAUUAGUGUAAAAUCUCUUGUUUCAACGAAAAUUGUCCAUGGGGUUGUUAAUGCAUUGUUCUGUUACCAAAGAUCCUAUACUGAAUUUGUAUGUAUCAGCAAGUAUUUUAUAUGAGUUUAGCUUGUGACAUUUUAUUUAUGCAAAUAAACACUGUACUAGUUGCAAAA